UUUCUACAUACCUUCCACCUGCGCAGGUGACACACGCCGCGGUCUCAUCCUAACAGCUGCGGAGCCUCCCAGCCGCCGGCUCCGUCGCUAGCUAGCUUAGCCGCACUCUGACUGACUUAGUGAGGUUAGCCGACGGUGUGGGACCGUCGUGUCUGUCCACAUCCUGGAAUGGAAGUGCUGGGAGAGCAGUACUACAGAGAUGCUAUGGAGCAGUGUCACAACUACAAUGCCAGGCUGUGCGCUGAGAGGAGCGUUCGAAUGCCGUUCCUCGACUCUCAGACCGGCGUGGCUCAGAGCAACUGCUAUAUUUGGAUGGAAAAGAGACACAGAGGACCAGGCGUGGCUCCAGGACAGCUGUACACUUACCCAUCCAGGAGGUGGAGGAAGAAGCGGAGGACUCACCCUCCAGAGGACCCCAGGCUUAUCUUUCCUCCUGUCAAGUCAGAGGUAGAUUUAGGACUGAAGAAGGAUGCUCUGUUGUCAUCGGACGGCAGCAGCCUGGAGGCUCUGCUGAAAGGAGAUUCUCUGGACAAACGAACAGCCACAGAUCUCAGAGGGUCCGAGGAAGAUUCAAACAUGAGCGAUUACACCGGAAACCUGAACCCUGCGGCCCGGAUCAGAAAGAGAAUCCUCGAGCCAGAUGACUUCCUGGACGACCUUGAUGAUGAAGACUAUGAGGAAGACACGCCUAAAAGAAGAGGCAAAGGCAAGGGGAAGGGACGAGGAGUGGGCAGCAGCAGGAAGAAGCUGGACACAGCUGCACUGGAGGACAGAGACAAGCCGUACGCCUGCGAUAACACUAUCAAACAAAAGCAUAUUUCAAAACCUUCUGAAAGAGUCUGUGGGAAGCGCUACAAGAACCGUCCUGGCCUGAGUUACCACUACGCCCACUCCCACCUGGCUGAGGAGGAGGGUGACGAGAAGGAAGACAUGGAAAUGAACGAGCCUGCCCUGCCACUGCCUGAGGAGCCAAAAACUCCCAAAAAAGGUCCAGAUGGUCUUGCGUUGCCGAAUAAUUACUGCGAUUUCUGCCUGGGAGACUCCAAAACUAAUCACAAGACUGGACAGUCAGAAGAGCUGGUGUCCUGCUCCGACUGUGGACGCUCAGGCCACCCCUCCUGCCUGCAGUUCACUCCUGUAAUGAUGGCUGCUGUGAAGACGUACCGCUGGCAGUGCAUAGAGUGCAAGUGCUGCAACAUGUGUGGCACCUCAGAGAAUGACGAUCAGCUUCUGUUUUGUGACGACUGCGAUCGAGGCUAUCACAUGUACUGUCUCAACCCCCCAAUGUCUGAACCUCCAGAGGGGAGCUGGAGCUGUCAUCUAUGUCUGGCCCUUUUGAAAGAAAAGGCGUCCAUAUACCAGAACCAGAACGCCCCACCAUCGUGAUGGCUGCUCUGCCCUGCAUACAGUCAUCGCCCAACCGUCCCGCAGCAGUAUGGUUUACCCUUAAAGAUCGAUGUUAAACUCCCCUGACGAGCUGACCUCAGAGGGAGUGUGUUCUGGACAGACAAAUUGUGAAAAGGGAAGUACGCUCUACCAGACUGGCCUGCCUCAACCUCCAAUAUGACUGUUACACAGUUCAAACCUCAGAUUCUGUCCCAUAGAAUUUUCUUUUCACUACCUUGCCACAUAGCCAAUUUGAGCAGUUUUAAUUUUAAACACCAUCGACAGCUUAAACAGCCAAAAUAUCACCUCCCGUUCAGCUUUUUUACACAUACAAAGUUGCUAAAACCUUGUCUCUAUCUUGCAAAGUACUGAUUUUAUGACGAGAGCAGAAAUGGAGCUCACUGAAAUCCAACAGCAUGCCAAUGCUUGCUCAUAGUAAAAAUAAGACAUUUUAUAAUAUUUAUAUAUUUCUAUGGUAUAUAAUAGUGUGAAGUAUGUACAAAUUGGAAAAGGAGUGGUCGUGUAAUGGUCUUUUUUUAUUAGUGCCCAUCUCAUCACUGUGGGAAGAAUCCACAGUCACAUGUUCUUUUAUGGCACUGCUGAUAUUUGGUAAUUCAUUUGAUAGAGUCAAAGGGAUUUGCUGAGACUAAAUGAUUUUCCUUCUCUUCCACUGCCACUGGCCGCACACCGGCUCACACAAAGACUAACAAAAAAACAGGAACUAUGAAUAGAAAUCCUGACAUGCUCGUCAAAGUGGCCUCAAAGUCUGAGGGGUUUCAGGGACGGCAGGUUAGACUUCACUCCAGUUGUUGACUCGCUUGCUGCCUCUUGUUCAUCGAGCUGCACGCUGAGUUCAAGGUGUAGACGCUCAAAUGUUCUCGUUUCAUUCAGGCUUUGGGGGUAGGGCUGGGCGAUAUGGCCAGAAAAUAAAAUCUCGUUUUUGUUUUUUUAGUCAUCUUGGACGAUUUUGAUUUUAAUCGAUUUUUGUUGUUUCUUUGCGGUCUGUUUGCUAUGGCUAGUGCUAGCUAUACCACACUCCCAUAGCUGCGAGCACUCUUCCCAUUCUUUAGGAUGCCUCUGCCGGAGGUGCUGAAAGAGGUUAGUUGUGCUGCUACUCUUCGUUUUCAUAGUACUUUUGCAAACCUUGCACAUGACCGUAGUUUGCUCUGUGUCAGUCUUGUCAAAGCCGAACCACUUCCAUAUAAUCGAUGUAACAUGAGGCCCUUUUCUCGCGACCAACUCUUCAUCUGCUGUUCUGUCUGCCGUGGCGGGGGUGUGAGUGUUUUGGCGGAAGGAGAUGAGAGGCGGAAGCAAACACCAGUGCACAAGUCGUGAAAGGCAGAAGAAGAAUCUGUAUUGUUAUAUAUUUAAGCUAGCCUCAAUUUUACGAUUUGGCAAAUUUUCAAAUCGUCAGGUUUAAAAAUGCGAAUUAAUCAAAUUUAUUCGAUUUAUCGCCCAGCCCUACUUUGGGGCCUUUUUGACUAAACUCUCAGCUCUUCACUCUGGUCCUGAGGACUGCAGCAACACAAAGCAGGCUUGAUGUCGACACGCGGACCGGCAAACACAACUGGCCUCUGUUUUAUUAAUGUGUGCUAAUGUUAAGAUAAUGGUGGUAAUUCCAGUCAAAUAUGAAUCCUGUUUGCAUUAUCAGCCAGGUAAAGGGAUAAUUACUGUGUUCUAGCAGUUUGCUGAUUAUGCACCAGUGUCUGUCGAUGUUGUGACACCAAUAGAUGAAUUUAAUGCAAUUGAGGACCAUGUAGCCUCACAGAUGGUCACUUACUGAUGAUGUAAAAGCAAUAUAAGAGCUCCUGUAGGAUGCUGUAAUGACAGGGAUUCAUAGCAGAGUAGGGUUGUACUCUGUUCACAGACAACGUGCGAUACUGUAAAUUUUCUAUAUCAGAAAAUGCUCUAACAAAUAGUGGACUGGCAGCAAUUCUGAAUGGCUCCAUACUGUAGAAAAGAGAUUUUAAUGUGUAUAUGUAUAGUCCUGGGGAGAUGGCUCUUUUUGUCACCGCUUUCAUAGUUUUUAUUAUGCAAUGGUUUCCUUCUGUGGCAAGGCUGAAGAAAAAGUCUGUCUGAACUGUUGAAGCAGUUACUUUACCUCAAACAGAAACAGUAUUUAAAGGGUUGAAACAUGCUGUAGAUAGAUGGGACAAAGGCAGAGGGAUGAAUCGUAACGACGGCUGCAGUGUCUGCUUCAAUAUCUGCAUAUUCUACAGUUAAACAAGUGCAUGUUCAGUAAUUGUCUGCACUCUCAUAUGCUACGUAGUUGUCUCAGCGUUAGGUCGGCAAAGGUGUAGGGAAGUGGUGUAAUAUAAAUUAACCAUGCUAUCAUGUCGUUUCAAUAGCCAACUAACAAUUACUAAAGCAUUACACAAGUAUAACUUGGUUUAUUUUCUCAUCACGUUUUAAAUUUACCGUUUUAUCUAGAGACAGUGGCUUCUAGAAUAUUUUGCUGGUUGUUUUUGUAUUCAUCAGCGACGUUUGCGUACCUGAGGUGUGGGACUUAAGUGGAAGUUGCUUCCUAGUAAAUCCUGUGAUAACCCGAGCUGCUCUCCUCCAAAGCUCACAACAAGAAGCAAAGUCUGUAAUGUGAUUAAGAGGUGAACACUCAAUCUUUGAGGAUCCAACUUGGAACUGAACUCACACAAACAAGAAGUUCAUCUUCUGCUGUCAUAUCAUUGUUUUUUAAAUAUCAGAUUUCCAGCUUUGGGAGAGAAUUGUUCAUCACAAAUAAUAUUUAAAUCAAGAUCAUAGGUUUACAUAGUAGGUGAAUUCUCUUAGGGUGGACUUUCAUUUGGAUUGUGAUGGAAUGUUUUAUUGUAUGAAAUUGUCUUCAGGAAAAUAAAAUACUAGGCACUAUAA